CGCGGGUGGAGCAGGCAGGCGGCUCGCGGUCCCCGCAGCCCAAACGGGGCGCAGUGAGCGGGGCGCGGCGAGCGGAGCACCUUGAAAUCGGCCUACCCCCGGGGCAGCGAGCACUGGUGCAGCAUCUGCUAUGAACCAGGCGCUGUUCUGGCACUUUCCACCAGAAAACGAGUGACUGCUUUUCUCUCCUCAUAUUUGGAAGCCCUGCCUACCACCCAGCUGCUCUGGACAUCACGGUUCCUCGAUGGACGAAGACAGCCAACGGAUCCAGCCCCAAGAGCAGAGCUGCUGGGCCAGUCUGCCCGAUGUGUGCCUGUGUCGUGUCUUCUGGUGGCUGGGAGACAGGGACAGGUCCAGAGCCGCCCUGGUCUGCAGAAAGUGGAACGAGAUGAUGUUCUCGGCUGACCUCUGGCGAUACAGGACCAUCACGUUCAGCGGCAGGCCCUCCAGGGUGCACGCGUCCGAAUUCGAGUCCGCUCUUUGGUACGUCAAGAAGUUCGGUCGUUAUCUGGAGCACCUGGAGAUCAAAUUCCUGAACCCUUACAACGCCGUGCUGACCAAGAAGUUCCAGGUCACCAUGCGCGGCCUCCUGUCCUGUCUGGGCAAGAGCAACCACCGUCUGAAAUCUCUGUCCAUCCAGCACCUGGAGCUGGACCGCCUGGUCUGGAGGAACAGCAUCCGCAGUUCCCUCAUCAGAAGCCUGAGCUUCUUCCUGAAGAAGGUGGGCAGGCGCCUGGACUACCUGAACCUGAAGGGGGCCAGGCUGACCGUGGAGCAGGGCUGCACACUGCUCAAGUCCCUGAGCCACCUGCGGAGCGAGAGCGUCGUAUCGCAGCUCAACAUCGAGGAUUACUUCAGCCACCACCUCGCCGUGUACAGCAGCGCCCAGUUCAACGAGACCAUGGCCACGUUCCGCAGCCUGGCCUCCCUGACCCUCAACUACAACUGCGUCUCGGACGAGCUGCUCGAGAACCUGUGCGAGAACAACGCCGGGACCCUCUGGACCAUGAACAUCAAGUGCCACACCCACGACCCCCACGGGCAGGUCAUCUGGGGCAUGUCCUGGGCCAAGCUGGCCAGGCACGCCACCAACCUGAAAGUGAACUUCUUCUUUGAGCGGGUCAUGAAGUACGAGCGCCUGGCCCGGAUCCUCCUGCAGGAGGUCCCCGUCCGGAGCCUCAGUCUGCGGAGCUGUUACUUCAGUGACCCCGACUGGUCCAUGAGGCCCACGCUCACGGAUCUCCUGCCCACCUUCCGGCACACUCUGGAGAAACUGACGUUUGAGUUCAACAACAACCACGAGUUCCUGGACGAGGAGCUGUACCUCCUCGUCUUGUCCUGCCGGAAGCUGUCCUACUUCAAGAUCUGGGCUUUCCUGGACGUGAAGUUUGUGGAGCGGAUCCUGAAGAGUCAGGAGGAGGGCCAGUGCUCCCUGCGCACUCUCAAGGUGAGAAUUUACACGAACAGAUACGAGACGAAGGAGGAGGACAGGACUCUGCGCGAGAUUCACAGGAAGUACAGAAAGCUCAUCGACGCAGAGCUCAACUAUUUUGUCAUCGCGUACCCCAUGAUGUAGCAAUGCUCUCCGCGGGAGCCCCUGGCGCCCCACCCCUCCCCCUUCCUCCGUUUUGCCAGUUCCACCCCAGCUGACGCCCCGAGAAGGCUGGGACCGCCGGUGGUGGGACUUUAAAGUGCUAUCUUUACCAACAACCCCAGGCUGGUCUCUCCUUUGUGGCGUGGCUUGGCUCUUUGACAGCCUCCCACAGGCGCUGGGAGUCGUCCCUCACCCACCCUGACUCCUGGCACACAGCCUGGUGACCCGCGGGAGCCCCCGGCGCUGAGGCCGCCCACCCGCCCGCUCCGCUCCCAGGUGGAAGCAUGCCCACCGGUCCUCCACGAGGCAGGACGCUCCCACUGUGAAUGCAGCCUGCUCCCAGCUGGAAGGAGCGCCCAUCUACCGUGAGGCGGUCGCCCAGCACGCGCACCUGCUUUUCUUGUGCCCCUCCCUUCCCUGUCUCCACAGUGGAUGCUGUGCUCCACCUGCCCUGAGCCCUCCGCUCCUGUUUAGGGGGAAUCAGCGUGCUGGGGACAUGUUCCUGAUGCACCGUUCAGUGAAAAGAGCAGGACACA